CGUAAUGUCAACAACAAACAAUUUAUCAUUUUCGGUCGGUUCUGUUGUGUGAUUGGGUGUGUUUUAUUAUAAAUAGUCCUAAAAUUAUAUUUUAUAAUGUAACAUGAAUUAAAAUCAUCAGUUGUGCUACUGCUAAUGUCCUCAAACAAUGUUAUAACAGUAUAGAACUUUAAUUAUUAUCGUCAUCGUGUCACCACUUCUUUAAAAAAGAAACUUUCUCAAUAUGUUGUCGAGUAGACGCUUGGUAGCCGUUUGUGCGGUGGUAUUCUGCUGUAACGUGGCAUUUAUGGUGUUGUUUGUGAAAUAUAAUAUAAACGACAGGUGUUUCAUAAGUAUCAGUGAGCACCAGGAGGUGAGUGUGGUGGUGUCGGACGAGUUCCUGAGCGUGGGCAUCGACACGUCGCAGGUGGAGCGGGGCGGGCGCGUGCCGUGGGGCAGCGCGCGGCUGCGGGCGCUGGCGGCGGCGCUGGCCCCCGCGCGCCUGCGCCUCGGCGGCACCAUGUCCGAGCGCCUCGUGUUCAGCCGCGACGACGCCGCGCCGCCCUCCUGCGACCACUGCCACAAGAACCCCCAGCACGUCUGCUCCGCCGUCAGGAAGAUAUGCAAGCACAAGAAUAUACCCUUCUUCAUCAUGACCGCCUCCGAGUGGAACCAAGUCAACAAGUUCUGUAAUGAUACAAAUCUCAAACUACUCUUCAGCUUCAAUGUACUACUGCGCAACGAAAAUGGAUGGAGUGAUCAGAAUGCCAAAGAAAUCCUUUCAUAUUCUCAGUCUAAUAAUUUCAAGAUUGAUUGGCAGCUGGGCAAUGAACCCAACUCUUUUCAACACAAGUUUAAUGUAACAAUAACUCCUGAACAACUGUCACAUGACUUUAGAAAACUGAGACAUGCUCUGAAUGAGUAUGAUUAUAAAAGUUCUUUACUUGUGGGGCCAGACACCACGAGGCCGCAGCCACACCGCCCGGAGUGCCUCCAGUACAUGGUGCAGUUCCUGGGGAAUGUGUCACAUUUCAUCAAUGUCAGGUCUUGGCACCAAUAUUACCUUAACAGCAGAACUGCUAAACUAUCAGACUUCUGGAAUCCUAGCACAUUUGAUCUUCUUAAAGAGCAAAUAAAAACUAUGAGAAAUAACACGGGAGAUUAUAAGGAAAUUCCAAUGUGGCUGACAGAGACCAGUAGCUCGUAUGGUGGAGGAGCCCCGGGCCUGUCUGACUCGUACGCUGGUACUCCACUGUGGGUGGACAAGCUAGGGCUUUCAGCCAAGUACAAUAUAACCACAGUGGUGAGACAGAGUUUAUUUGGUGGAAACUACAGUCUGGUGGACAAGGAGCUGGAGCCGCUGCCGGACUGGUGGGCCAGCGUGCUGCACAAGCGCCUCGUCGGGAACAAGGUGCUGCAUCUCAAGUGCAAGUGCUCCCGCCACCAGAGGUUCUACAUCCACUGCGCCAGCCGACGCUACACCAAUGAUACAUCUGCUGUAACUGUUUUCGGGCUCAACUUGGAACUGAGUAAAAUAAAACUGAAGUUAAAUGGAACCGCAUUGCAUGGAGAUAACUUCGAUAUUGAUGAAUAUAUCAUAAGUGCUCCCUCAAACAACAGACUGACAAAGACAGUGUUGCUGAAUGGCUGGCCUCUGUACUAUGAAUCUCCUGUACCUGAACUCACUCCGCGCCACAUCAAAUAUGGCAACCACAUCUCAAUGCCUCCAUAUUCCAUUGGAUUUUGGGUGAUUAAAAAUACUUCAAUUAAAGUGUGCAGUUAAAAUAAUACAGGACAGUAUGGUUAUCUUCUUUCAUAAACUAUCUGCUUCAGUGAUGAUAAGUCCUGCCAUAAAAUGUUUAAAGGUUGUACUCUACAUAUCAAGGCAACACACAUAUAGCAAUAUCUACAAAGAAUAAUACUGAAUUAUGGUUGUUAUAGUAUAUUUUGAUUAAAUUUAAUGAAAUACUUAACAAUGAAUUGUAUGAAUAUAUUGUAAAGAGAUCUUGAUAGAAUACCUACUUGGAUGCUUGUAAAAUGUUUAAGACAUUUAUAAAUGUAAGUAAUACAACUGAUGGAGUGGACAAGAUCUCAAUGAGAAUUUUCGGAAUGUAAUAAUAUAUAUCUAUCUAUAGAUAUUAAAUGUAUACUUGUUGUUUGUGUCUUAAACUCAGUAGGUAGAUGGUUCAUCUUUUAAAUUAUGGUGUAACUUUGAUACAUUCUUAUCUUAUAUUAAGUAUAAUAUGGUUCUGAACACUUGGGUCUUCGUCCACUUAUCCAGUAAGGAACUGUGCUAUCCUUUGCCUUGAAUAAAUGAAUGCCUUUGCACUAUACUACUUUUAAGUACCUACUUAUAUUAUUAUGUUAAAAGAUCUUACUUUUUCGAAUGUAUAACUAUUUUAUAACUUUUAUACAAGAUCUAUGUAAGUUACCUCUUGAAUGAGAUUGGUUGAUUUGGCAGCCUCAUCUAUUUACAUUGUAGUUAUAAAUAUAUUGUUAUAGACAUAUGUAUUUACCUACCUAGUUCAUUAAGAUAAUCAGAUUUGAAUGAAACAUAGUCACAUACGACCUAGCACUUUAGUGCUUUGAUCAGUAUGUCAGGGUCAGUCUUUAAUAUUUAUCUCAGAAACUGCAACAUUUAGGUCUCGUUCAUGAUCAUCUUAUCACUGACCCAUCGCAUAAUUGUACACGCUUUAUGAGAGAUUUACUUCGUGCGUCAUCCUAUCAGUAUGGAGAAAAUAAUAGAAGUACAUAAAGGUUGAAUAGAUAGUUUGUGGGCACUCAUACAAGUCACCAUAUUUUUCCCCAUGGCGGUAAGAUGCCUAAUCGCUAUACAUCGCAAAUUUGGUGCUCUCUGUCUGUUACCCUAUUAUGUUUAGUAGCCCUAUAAUCGUUUGUGAGUUUAUUUAGAUAGAGUAAUUUAGUCUGCACAUGUGUGUCCAGACGACCUUGCAGACAUAUCUCAGACCUCAGCCUUCACUCUUGUACGCAGUUUGCUAGACUGACACCAGUGAUAAGAAAUAAGAACUGUUUAUUCAUAACUUUAAUUUGUUCAACAGAUCCAUAAAUUUCCUCAGAUAAUACUUCACAAUAUGUGGCCUUGUCUUCUCAUUUAAUACGCUACUUAUGUAUACUUACAUAGUAACUAUGUAAUUCUUACCUAACUCGCAUAUAUGUAAAGGUACUGACUUUUGGGGUAAGUAUUACCAAAGUCUGCCGUUUUGGCGCAUUUGAAAGAGUUCAAUAUUCCUCAUAAGUUUUUACAACUUGUUUCCCUUGUCAACCUGAACAAUAUACGGAAACUACCUACAUAGGAAUCUAUACCCACUUAAUUAUAAUUUUGUUAAUUCUAUGUAAAGGAGGCUGCUUUUUUGCUUUUAAACGAAACUAGAGGUGCGUAAUUUUAAGACUGAUUAGAAUACCUACUAAACAAAACUUAUUUACUUACCUAAUUAAAUGUCGCUAAUAAUUCAUAAACUGUGCCAAUACGUGAUCAAAUCUUUAAACUUAGGUACCUAUUUAGGCAUAAUAUGUUACCUAUGUCUGUGUGUAAGCAAAUGGAUCAUAAUAAGAUCAAAAGUUGUGAUGUGAUUCAUAAUCAUACCUAAGUAAGAAAAAGUUAAUCUGUUCAGUUAUUAAAGUAGAGCUCUAACUUUAACUUUGAAUAGCUUGUUGCAAUAAAUUUGUAGAUGUCUAUACCAUCAAUACCAAUAUAGCUGAACUACUUACUUAUUUAUAUUUAACCUAAAGUGUUCAUAUUUAAAAUAUUUAUGAAGAUGUGUGUUAAAGUCUUUAAAAUAAUCUAGUAUAUACACUGUACUGUUACGUAGGUUUUUCAUAAUACUACCUAUCCUCACUAUAAAAUAAUCUUCCUGCCAAUAAAAUAUUUCGAUGUACCUAUACCUACUUAAUAUUUAAAAUAAUACGUACCUAGCUGUAAUAAAAACAACUUUUCUGCCGGUAGGUAUAAGUGGUUUUAUUUCAAAUUGUUUUAUUAGAUAAGGAUUCCCUAGAUUCAAUGUACCGAUGAAGAAGAAGUAGUUACCUAUACUUACAAAUUAAGAAAGAAAUAUCAAAAUAACAGCUCCAACUAAAUAGCCACAUCAAUCAAAUGUUUUCAAAGAGUUGAGCUUGUUCAGCGUGCGAGCACUCGUAGAGUUAGUUAUUGCCAGCCGCCUGAGCAGCUCGAGCGCUUCUUCAGGGCUCACGGAGGUUCCAAGCACAGCGCCCAGCGGGUCGCCGCGUCCACCGAACAACCACUCAGACGCCUUCCCCAACUUCUUCACAUCUGACCCACGCCUGGAGGCAGCCUCACCCGCACGCCGUCUACUAUUAUAUCCACCUUGAGUAUCAUCGAUACUCGCGUCAUGGUAUUGCAGGAAUCUAUGGUUGUAUCCGAGACCGAAUCCAAUGGAUGCCAGGAUUGUGAGUAAACAUAUAAAGGAGGUGAUGACCACGCACCCGGCCGACAUCGCCGU